AUGUCAACUUCCCCUGGGGACCCCGGGAUCUACGGAGCUCGCCCCGGUGGGGUCAGUCCCGUGCCUGUUUCAUCCCCGCCCCGCCCUUCUGCCCGCCCUGCUUGUGCGCAGAACGUCUCUUCCCCGCCGGCUAAUACUUUCCUCUUCCCUGCCCAUCUCAUUCCCUCCCGCACUCCUCCCACUCCCUCUCCUCACAAAAUUCUGGCAUAUCCUACCGCAGUCCAGCGUCGCCUUUCCCCACUUUCCCCAGAGGCACACUCACUUUUCCAUCGAUCCCCAUCUGAUACUGUCGCCCGCCGAUCACUGCGCUGCUGGAGUCGCCUUGCCUCUCAGUACCCCUCCGCUUCUAAGCUCUCGUAUCUCCGCAUCCUCCAAUCCAUAUUCCUGCCGCAGGCUGCUGUCCGCUCGGCACCAGUCUCACACCCCCCUUGCUCGCCUGUCCUCGACUUGAGCUGUCAGGGCCCGCUCUGCGUUCGUUCCGAAUUCCGAACCGAGCUCGCUACACCCGCUUCCCGACACCUCCAUAAUGGAACAGAUCCGGAUCCGGGUCAUCUCGCCCCGACGUUCUUGCUGCCAGCAGCUCUGCACCACCUACCACCUCUCGAACGUUUUUGCGAGAGCCUCCGCGUCAUGACAAACACAUGCUCGACGCCUCAACGAAAACAGACACGCGAGUACGCAGAUUGCAACUGUUCCCGAAUUGAUAUCGCCGGACCCCGGCAAGCAGCGGCGAGCGCGUUUGUUCCUCCCGCGUCGCGGUUCUCAGGAGUCAGGCCAGCGGUCCUGAGAUGCCCUGAAAGUAUCAUCCGCUUUCAAGCUGCUUCAUCGAGCUCAUGGUCAGGUGCGCGCGCAGCGUUUGGCAACGAUUCCGGUGUACAGCUAUUAUUCGAAGCCGCACUGCGACGCGCCUUCCCGCGAGCUUCUAAAAGUAAGUACCAUACGGGUUCUGCGGGAUCGGGCUUCGGAGCUUCUCAGAGGCUGCACGCAGCGAGAAGAGAGCCCGAGGGAGCCAAAGCGAGUCGGAAGCCGGAUGUCGUCGCAGUGUCGUCGCCAACGAACCCCCUCUUUCCCCGCACGCCCCCCACACGACGCCCCGCAGUGCCCCGCAUUUGA